AUAUACUAGUUUCAACACAUUUAAGUCAAGUUUCUGUUACUGUGAGUAGAAAUAGAUGAAUUCUGAACAAGUGAAAUGCCAGGUUUGUUUCAUUGUUUUGUCUUGCAACACAGGAAAUAGUUGUUUUGUUCCCAAAUUCCUAGAAUUAUUGUUGAAGAAAUAUCCACUUCUACUAGAUUACAAUUGGAUGAAUAUUGAGAAACGAAGAUAAGAGGUUACCAUAAUAAGAUCUUAUCAACUAGAUAUAAAAUGUGGCAAACACAGUCUUCAACUACUAUACUAAACAACAAAGAAAACAGCUCUCAGCAGAAUGAUGACAAGUUAACUACCCUUGGAAUGACAUCGGCCAUAUCUACAGCUUUCCCAAAGCCAUUAGAUUUGUUGAAGACUACUGAGCUAGAAGAAGCACUGAAACCAUUUGAUGUAUUUGAGAGUGAACAAGAACUCAAUCAUAGAAUGCACAUACUGGGUAAAUUGUAUAACCUAGUUAAGCAGUGGAUCAAAGAGGUCUCUAUCCAACACAAUAUACCUGAAAGUGUGGCUGAGAAUGUAGGGGGGAAAGUGUAUACAUUUGGUAGUUAUAGGUUGGGUGUACACAACAAGGGAGCUGAUAUAGAUGCUCUGUGUGUUGCACCAAGACAUAUUUACAGAACUGAUUUUUUCACUUCUUUUUAUGACUUACUCAAAGCUCAACCUGAAGUUAAGGAUUUAAGGGCAGUAGAAGAAGCAUUUGUGCCAGUAAUAAAAAUGAAUUUUGAUGGAAUAGAGAUUGAUAUGUUAUUUGCAAGAUUACUACUAAAAGAGAUUUCUGAUUCUAUGGAUUUGCGUGAUGAUAUGCUAUUGAAACACUUGGAUUCAAAGUGUGUACGUAGUUUGAAUGGUUGCAGAGUUACUGAUGAAAUUCUGAGGCUGGUACCAAACAUUGAAAAUUUUAGGCUAGCUUUAAGGACCAUCAAAUUGUGGGCUAAAAGGCAUGGAAUAUACAGCAAUAUGUUGGGAUACUUGGGUGGUGUCUCUUGGGCCAUGUUGGUAGCAAGAACUUGCCAAUUGUACCCAAAUGCUGCUCCUUCUACUCUAGUGCACAAGUUUUUCUUGAUUUUUUCUAAGUGGCAGUGGCCCCAACCUGUUUUACUCAAGCAACCAUCUAGUGUCAAUCUUGGAUUUGCUGUUUGGGACCCUAGGGUCAACAUCCAAGACCGAUACCACCUGAUGCCGAUCAUCACUCCCGCCUACCCCCAGCAAAACUCCACCUUCAACGUUUCGACCUCGACGCGGACCAUCAUGAUGGAGGAGUUCAAGCAAGGACUGUCCGUCACCGAUGACAUAAUGAGCGGCAAAACGGGCUGGGAAAGGCUGUUCGAGCCUCCGCCGUUUUUUACCAAGUACAAGCACUUUAUCGUGCUGUUGGUUAGCGCUGAUAAUGCCGUGGAUCAUCUGGAGUGGUGUGGGUUGGUGGAGAGCAAAGCAAGGAUACUCGUAGGUAAUUUAGAGAGAAACCAAUUUAUAACGCUGGCACACGUGAAUCCUGAAAGUUACUCCAUGUUGGAAUCAAUGGACAUCUUAAAAGAGUCCAACACGAUAUGUUCGAUGUGGUUCAUCGGCUUGGAAUUCGCCAAAACCGAGAAUCUCAGCGUGGAUUUGACGAAGACCAUACAUUCGUUCACGGAACACGUCAAUAAACAUGCUGUACAUAUACAGAUGUUGAAAAGUGGCAUGAGACUGGAGGCGAGGCACGUGAAAAGGAAACACCUGUCGCAAUACCUGUCACCUGGGUUCAUCAAAAGGGACAGGAAGUCGAGCAUCACGAAAGGCUCGACGUUGCCGGAGAACAGGAAGCGCGUGUCUUCGGAGGCGCUCGGAGAACCCGAUGGCCCCGCCAAGAAGACCAGGUUGUCCGAUGAAAUCACGCCGCAAUUCGACGACAGUUCCAACAACUCUAUCAACGACUCGAACAGCAACCUGAGCCUGGCCGAUUCGGAGGGCAACGUGACGGGCGGCGCUUCGGUGAUUCCGGCAGCCGCCCCACCACCUCCGGAGGCCGUCUGUACCUGACCGCGACGCCUGGAGGCGCCGUGGCGUUUGUCCUUUUAGAAAGCGAG